CAAAAACCGCGGCCUAAGCAGCAAAGCACAUUGGUCGCUCGAUUGGGGCCCCAUCGCUCCGCCCUGGUUGCGACCAGGCGGGGACAUGUCGGUACAAGCAUGCUUUACGCUAGUUUUCACUGUAAUAUAGUUUCCAAUUUAACCUGCUCUUUAGAGUAUGAAGCCCUGGUACCCUGCUACCCUGACUCGUGGCACAGCAACCCCCCGCUGUGUCCUCGUCGCUCACGAACGGCCGCAGCACCAGAAGGGCAUCACGCUCAAGGCAUUGCCACCAGAUGCCGCGGCGCCUGUGCUGGAAACGCGAGCAACUUUAAUCUUAGCUGGAAUUCCCGACAAGCACGUUGAUGCCAUCCUCGCCAAUUUUAUCCCUUCGAAGUCCAGCGUUGCAACUAAGCAGGACAUCAAGGAGCUGAAGGAGGAGCUGAAGGAGGAGGUGAAGGAGCUGCGGCUCUACCUGUUUCUCCUGAUGGCGGGGAUGCUCCUGAGCGUCACGCCGGAGAGUCCGCUCGGGACCAUCACCGCGGGUCUCUGGAAGGUGGUCAAGCCAUAAGAACACUGGCACCACCUGCUGCUACCUCCCGCGAAAGCUGACGGUGUUGCGGGAGGACGACUUAUUCCGCCCGGACCACCCAAGAGGGCCCCGGCAGCGGCGUCCAAGGCCGGAAGCGGUGCCAGCAUACGUGGUUUUGCAUCAACUUCAAUAACGGACCUGGAGGACAGGCGGCGCUUGCUGCUGCUGGCGUGUCUUGAGGAUGUGGAGUGGCAGCUGGGGACGAGGACCUGAUGAGUUAUGGCAUC